AUGAACGCACCAAAAGGCUGGGCAACAACGAGCUCUGACCCCGACGUGCGUGUUUGGACGCGUCCUCUCGGGCUGACCGAAGCAGGCUUUUACCAUGAUCUGCUCUUCAACAGUACCGCAGACAGCGCAACGCACGUCCAUCUUCGAUCCAUUGACCCAAGUGCAGGCCUCUUCUCGCCGGCCAACGUCCUCCGAGCGUGGACAUCUGUCCGAAGGCGCUUCCCACUCCUCUGCGCGCACAUCGAGGAGCAGCACCCUCCCCACCACCCCGGAUCUUCGGACUCGACCCUUGGCGCACGCGAGCCCCAGCCUCACUUUGUCAUCCGCGAGGCCGACAUCCAGGAGCAGGCGGAGACCACGCUCUCAUUAGGAACCGUCGCAUCUUUCUCUGAUGCUGAGCAUUUCGCCCGGGCGAUCUUUGACGGGCCAGCGCAUCUUUCCCCGCAUGCGCUCGCGCGGAUGCAUGUCCUUUGGCGGGAGGACCGACCCGCCGGCGCGGAGGCGCAUGCCAUCCUUGUGUUCGCGCACGUUAUCACCGACAGCGCCUCCACGAGCACCGUGCUGCGAGUGUUCUUUGAUACGCUUGCGUCGAAGGAGGACUUCCCGCACGCGCCGAUCGAGGAGAGGCUCGAGAUGUAUCGUCCGCUGGAGGAGACACUGAGAUACCCCGCGGGAGUGAGCGAGGCGGGACGUAGGUGGAGAAGGGCGAUCGGAUGGGCGCUGCAUUCUGUGCGGCGGAGAGGGCGGACGGGAGGCCAUACACUGCCCCGGAAGUUGACCACACAUUCAUCAUCAACGCCAGCUCGCUCGCGCGAUCUGGUGUACGCGUUCACGCGAUCCGAGUCGACUCAAAUCCUGGCGAGCUGCCGGCGGGCACGGACGACGUUCAACUCGGCAUGCUUUGUACUUGGACAACUUGCGCUCACCCGCGUCUUGGCCCGGCGUUUCUUGUCUGGUGCGAUGACCCCUGCUGAAUGGGCGUGGAGAGCGAAGGAACCCAUGUUCAUCUUCGGCCCGCUCAGUCUGCGUUCGUAUCUCGAAUUCGGCGGACCGGGGUACGAGGGUGGGGGCGAGGGUGAAGUUGGCUUCAACGUCAGCUGGUAUAGCCAUACGAUGCCGCACAUGCCGCUCGGAGUGCUCGCGGGCGUAGAAACGCCACGCCAAUACAGCGGCCAGCUGCUCGGAGGCGCGCCGCCACCAGAGGACCUCUUGAGCAAAGAGCGGUUCUUUCACCGAUCUGCGCUGGUGGGCCGAGGCGUGGAGAAACUGUUCGCGCAUCCGAGGUUCCUGGAUUUCUCCCUUGCGUGCCACAAGGAAGCGGCAGACGUAUCACGAGUGGAGGCGGAGAAGUGGGUGCGUAACGGGCAGCAAGUCAAGCAUGACAGUGAGACGCCGAAGACGAUAGGGUUCGACGACAUCCAGGAAGGACAGACUGUGCUUUCGCUUGCGGGUUCUAGUCUAGGCGAUAUGGACGUCCGGAUCCCCCGCGCGUACCCUCUUCCUUCUACGCAUCCGCUUUCACCCCGUUCUCGUAAAUCACACCCUGUACGCGCUGGAUACUCGACAUCACCUUCGCCAGCAUCCGAAAGGUAUAGCGACGCCGAGCCAACCUUGAUUGUUGACUGGUGGCUCUCAAUCCUGCACGCUCGUCCUCUUGAGCUUUAUUUCGGCUCGGUGAUGCGUCAUGGGACGAUAGAGCUCUUGGUAUUUUGGGAUGAAAACGUGUACGAGGCAGGGAUUAUCAGGGAGUGGCUGGACGAGAUCGUGCUUGCGACGCGGUCCUACCUGUGCCCUGAAACGGGCGCAGGAGACCUGGAUACCCAGAUGAUGCAGAGUAGGUUGUAGGAUACAUCGUCCGCGAGUUGUGCGCAGUCGAGAUACCCAGUGGGACGAGUAAUUGUAACAUGAAUACC